AACGUUUGAAAAUAAUCUCAUUCUGGUCGAGAACAAGUUCAAUCUGUCUGCUGUCUGUAAUAGUAGUGGCUAAAUAAGGGUUUUCUUUAGGGUUUGAAAGCCAUGAGCCGCUACGACAACAGAUAUGGAGAUCCUCACUCCUACCGCGACAGAAAGAGCGAUGGCUUUGGGGGUGGAGGGAGCAGUGGCGGUUUUCAGUCGAGUGGUCGAUCCAAUGAUGAUUUCAAUAGCAUUUCUCUUCCUGCCCAGGACUUUACAAAUCUUACGCACUUUGAGAAGAAUUUUUAUGUCGAAACACCAAGUGUGGCGGCCAUGACUGAGGAUGAAGUCAAGUCUUAUCGCGCUCGACGUGAGAUUACUGUCGAGGGACGUGACGUUCCUAAGCCAGUUACUACUUUUAAGGACGCCGGUUUUCCUGAGUAUGUGCUUGAGGAGAUACUAAAAGCUGGGUUUACUGAGCCAACACCUAUUCAAGCUCAAGGGUGGCCAAUGGCUCUGAAGGGGCGGGAUUUGAUUGGACUUGCUGAGACUGGGUCUGGAAAGACACUGGCAUAUCUUCUGCCUGCCAUUGUUCAUGUUAAUGCACAAGUUACCUUAGCCCCAGGAGACGGUCCUAUUGUCUUGGUCCUAGCUCCUACUCGGGAGCUUGCUGUUCAAAUCCAGAAUGAGGCAACAAAGUUUGGGACAUCUUCAAAAAUAAAAAACACAUGCAUAUACGGAGGGGCUCCAAAAGGCCCACAAAUUCGAGAUCUUCAAAAAGGGGUUGAGAUAGUCAUUGCAACACCGGGCCGAUUGAUUGAUAUGCUUGAACAACAACAUACAAACCUGCGAAGAGUGACAUAUCUUGUAUUAGAUGAAGCUGACCGAAUGCUAGACAUGGGUUUUGAAGCACAGAUCAAGAAAAUUGUAUCUCAAAUUCGACCAGAUCGACAGACUUUAUACUGGAGUGCUACUUGGCCUAAAGAAGUAGAACAACUUGCUAGGCAAUCUCUACAUAAUGCUUAUAAGGUAACUAUAGGAUCACAAGAUCUCAAAGCAAACCAUUCAAUUGAUCAAAUCGUGGAAAUUGUUUCUGAGCAUGAUAAGUAUUCAAGAUUAAUAAGUCUUUUAGAAGAAAUCAUGGAUGGUAGCCGUCUGCUUAUUUUCUUGGAAACUAAAAAAGGUUGUGAUCAAGUUACAAGACAAUUGCGAAUGGAUGGAUGGCCAGCACUCUCUAUCCACGGAGAUAAAAGUCAGGCUGAACGAGAUUGGGUCUUAUCGGAAUUUAAAUCUGGCAAAAGCCCCAUCAUGACAGCCACUGAUGUUGCUGCACGUGGCUUGGAUGUUAAAGAUAUAAAAUGUGUUAUCAACUAUGACUUUCCAGGUUCAUUAGAGGAUUAUGUUCAUCGAAUUGGGCGUACUGGUCGGGCUGGUGCUAAGGGCACUGCCUAUACAUUUUUCACUGCUGCAAAUGCAAGAUUUGCAAAGGAACUAAUAAGUAUUCUUCAAGAAGCAGGGCAAACUGUCAAUCCUGGACUAGCAGCUAUGGGGCGGAAUGCUGGCUCCAGUGGAGGUUAUGGAGGGUUUCGGGACCGUGGAAGAGGUUCCGGGAAUCGGUCAUGGGGCAGAUGAGAUACACAACUAUGUUCUUCUUAAGAAGUUCAUUUUGAUGGUAGAGCUACUUUUUGUAUCAUAAUAAUUUUGGAAUUUUUUGUGAACGAAAAAAAUUAUCAUUAUAUUAACAUGGAAGCAUUUUCAGCCGUAUCCAAAUAUGUAGAAGAAAAAUGUGGGGAUCAGAUGGAGGAUGGCAGGAGUUUUGCAUUCCAUGUUUAACAUCAUUCAUCCAUGUAUACAAGAGCAAUUUUUUGGUAUAGUAGCAUGAGCAUGUUGUCACAUGUGGAUUAAAUCCAAGCACCUGCUUAGUGUAUAAACAAAAAUGAUGCUAUAAUACCGAAAUUCAGCGAUUUCAGUAA